AGCAGGUUGCUGUGGUUGUGUAUACUAAUUAUUACUAUUAUUAUAACGCGUUCGUGAACAGUGUCUGCACGCGCAGUACAGCGGCAGCAACGGCGGCGGUAGUGCGUGCGUAUCUCACUCGCGGCGUACAGUGAUAUUGUGACAAUACAUCGCGUUAUUUUAUAUUAUUAUUAUCAUACGUUCGUACUCUAGCUAUAUUGUUAUUUAAUUAUUACGUUAAUAAAACAGUUCAUUCACGUACGGGUCAAUCAAUCCUACAUCAGUCCGAUUGUAUUAAAAAACAUUUUUAUUGACGGUCUUGGUCCCGGCCGCCCGGAAACACCGGAGAGAAAAAGUUGUUAUAAUCUCUUUGCAGUCCACGACUCUCAGCUAUAUAUUGUAUAAUAAUAAAAAUAUCAAAAUCCGUUUCCGUGUACACUCGCGUGUGGUUUUUUCGUGUCGGCAUCGCGCCCGCGAUAAAUGUCAUCGGCACCGUCCAGGCCCGUACCACUUGCACCGUCAACGCGAUGAUUGCUUCGGAGACCCGCAACCAUUGCGUGGCCGUAGUCAUGGAUUUGAGCACGCGGGCCAGUUCCGGCGGCGGAGGCGACUCCAACGACGGCGGCAACCACGGUCGCCGGCGCAGCGGUGGCGGCAGACCGGCCAAGUCGGUGUUUUCUAUCCGGAGUCUGGUCGGCGAGGAUACCGUUCGCAACCGUCGCGACAGGGACGUAGACGGCAGCGGUGACGACGACGACGACCGAGGCGAUCACGCAGCAGCGGCGGCAGCAGUAUCGGCUGCGGCGGCGGCGGUAUCGGCGUCGGGAGUAUCGGCAGUGGCCGCCGUGGCGUCGGCCGACGAAAGCCACGGACUGCAGAAAGAUGACCAGCCGCAGUCGGGAGAGUGUGCGUUGACGCACGCAGCAGUGCCGUUCGACGACAGGCGUCGCACCGCAGCGGCCACCGCGGUGGCCAUGGCCGCAACCAUGAUGCGAGAGAGGUCUGCCGUCGUGGCGGCGGCUAUGGUGGUUCAACAACAGCAGCAGCAACAACAACACAAGCAGCUCCAACACCAGCAGCAACAACAACAGCAGCAGCAGCAACAUCAUCAACAGCAACAACACCACCAAAUGCAACAGCAGCAACAGUUGCAACAACAACAACAACACUGUAGGUCGUUAAUGGCCACGGCGGCCAGUAGUGGUGGCCGCGGUCCCGGAACAGUCGGUUACGAUUACUAUUCGUCGCCGCCGCCCGGCUACUACGGCGGCGCCGUGGACGACGAUAACGGCGCGGACGACGACGUGGAAAACGGCGGCUGCGACGACCACGCCGAUGGUGACGGCAGAGACGGAAUCGUGGACAUGAGCGGCGCCGGUGGUGGCCACGACGCUUCUGCGGACAACGAGGACGAUUGCUACGGUGGCCCGCCAUCCGCGGGCGGUACCAACAAAAGGAAACAGCGCCGGUACCGGACCACGUUCACCAGCUACCAGUUGGACGAGCUGGAGAAGGCGUUCGGCCGGACCCACUACCCGGACGUGUUCACCAGGGAGGAACUGGCGUCGAAAAUUGGACUGACCGAAGCCAGAAUACAGGUAUGGUUCCAAAAUCGACGGGCAAAAUGGCGCAAACAGGAGAAAGUCGGUCCACAGGCUCACCCGUACAGCGGUGGCGGUGGAAAUCCGUACUUGGGCGUGCCGAGUUCCAUGUCAGCCGGCCGUCACAGCCCGUCUGGAGCCGCGUUGAGCCCGCUUCCGGCCAACCCACCGUUCAUGAUGACAGGUGGCAUGGGCUUGGGCGGUGGUGGCCCGUUGGGAAUGGGCAACAUUGGUCUGGGCAGUCAUCAUCUACUGCAUGCCGGCCACCACCACCAUCACCAUCAUCACCAGCAGCAGUUACAAGCCGCGGCCGCUAUGGCCGCUGCAUUGCGUGGCCACCAUCACCAGCACCAUCAUCCGGGCAACGGUGGCGCAGGCAGAUCACCGCCACUGCCACCGACGUCGCAGACCCUGUCGACUGUCGCCGCUGCCGCCAUGGAACUCCAACUCCAGCAACAGCAACAACACCAACGCAGUAACGGAGCCGCCGCAGCCGCAGCUGCAGCUGCAGUCGCAGCGGCGGCAGCUAACUUCCGUGGUUAUCCGUCUCAGCUGCAACAGCAGAGAUCGCCGCCCGGAAACGAUAACACCUCGACUACCCCGCCUGCUCACAACAGCAACUCACCACCGCCAACAAUUCCGCUCCAGCCGACGCUCUACCAUCCGGCACCGGUGGCCGCGUCGCCAGCUGUACCGUCUGCGCACCAUCUCCACCAUCAUCAUCCUUACGCCGCCGCUUAUCACCAACACCUUCGCGGUGGCGUCGGUGGUCAGGGAUACCAACAUCACCAUCAACAGCAGCAACAGCAGCAGCAGCAACACUUCAACAGUCUGCUGGCCAACAUGGCCAUGGCUGCGGCCGCCAUGCGACCCUCCGCCGUCGUCGGUGGUGCUCGGUCACCACCGCUUUCGCAGACGACGCCGCGCCAUACUGCACCCGCCACCACCGCCGCCGCCACUUCCGUCAGGUCCGCUCGCCGUACCACCGCCACAUCGGUCCGAUUCGUCGACCACGUCACCACCGGCCGCGGUGAUUCGCGGGGGCGGUGGCAGUCGGAGCUGCAGCGACAGGAGCAGUCCGGCCGGGUCGGACGGUGACGGGUGUCCGGCGGACCCGAUUACUGCGGCGGCUACCGCAGCAGCAGCCGCGGAACUAAACCGUCGGUCGUCAAGCAUCGCGGCGCUCCGCAUGAAAGCCCGCCGUCACCGGGAUGAGAUCCGCUUGCGCGGCGGUAG